UUCGGGUUGGGUUGGGGUGGUCUGGUAGCUCGUCAGACUCCGGGGCGGGGAUGUAGCCAUAACCACCACCUGCGGGAUCGAUCUUCCCAGACCUUCACAGGCAGUGGAUGUGGACUAUUCGGGCCCCCGUGGGCCAACACAUAUCCAGAGUCAUCCACCGCCCGCAGGGGCGCCAGGACGCCGCCUCUCGGGGUCGAUGGACGUGGAUGGACUUCCCGCCUCGCCCGCGGGCUCGCAGGCGGCCCCCCCCCCCCCGGGGGGGCGCCGAGGGCGAAGGGCCCCCCUGAGGGGCACGCGGCGCGAGGGGGCCGCGGCGCGCCCGGAGGCCUGGCGCCGGCGACUGUCUGUGCCGACGGCUGGCUGUCGCAGACCACGUCGGCCGGUGCCGGCGCCAUCUGGGAGUACCCCCCCUUCGAGGUCCAGCCGCAGGCAGAGGCCCAGAGGUGGGUCCUGGAGUCCCUGCCGUGCUUCGCCGCGGCCCUCGCCGCCGCCGGCCCGGCGAGGAGCGGGGUGCGCAUCGGCAGGUCGUACUACUGCUUCCGGUCCCGCGCGAACGCCGAGGAGCGGUACGGCCCCAUCCGGGGGCGCCGAUGUGCCCUUCUUCCAGGAGGGGGCGCCUCCCGCUGGGCUCGUGCGCGAGGCCACCUUCGAGUACUGCUUCUCGUACGCAGCCCCGGUGAUCAACAUGCGCCGCUACCUCGACUGGCUCACGGAGUCCCUGGGCGCACUGCCCGGCGUGCGGCUGCAGCAGCGCCACCUGGCCGGGCCCGCAGACGUGGCGGUGCUGGCGGCGAAUUCCGGCGCCGACGUGGUGGUGAACUGCCUGGGCCUGGGGGCUGGGGCCGUCUUUGGCGACGCUGCCGUCCACGCCGUGCGCGGUGACCUGGUCUACGUCCUGGCGCCCGGGGCCGCGGCCCGGCACGGCCUCGCCCACGUCAGCGACGAGGACGCCCCGAGCGGCCUGCUCACCUACGCGGUGCCGCAGGGCGAGGGCGUGGUGGCCCUGGCCGGCACGCUGCGGCCCCUCGGCGCCGAGGAGCUGGAGGACGGCUACUCGGUCAGGGAGGACGCUGUGCGAGACGGCGAGGUGGCGGCGAGCAUCGCGGCGCGGGUCGCCGCGGCCUUCCCGGGCGCCGUGCUGCCGGCGGCGCCCCGCGGGGCCGCGGGCGCGCCCGUGGUCGUCGGCCGGUGGAGCGGCGCCCGCCCCCAGCGCCACGGCGGCGUGCGGCUGGAGAGGGAGGACUUGCAGCCGCCCGGCGCGCCCGCGGCGCGGCUGGUGCACAACUACGGCCACGGGGGCAGCGGCGUGGUGACCUCGUGGGGCUGCGCCGCCGAGGUCUGCGCCCUGGCCGCGGAGGCGCUCGGCGCCGCGGGCGCGGGCGGGCUGCGCGCGCGGGCGCUGCCGUCCGCCCUGGCGCCGCUCGCGGUGGAGUCGGUGCGGGCGGCGGGGGGCGCGGCGCUGGCGCGCGCGGUGGCCGAGGGGGCAGCCGGGCGCGUGGCGGCUCG